AUGCGCGCGUCUACUCCCCCCUCCGCCUCCGCGCACGCGCCCCUCGCUUCACAUUCCGCAAUCCACUCCCCGCUGUCCCGGAGCUCCCUCUCGCUCUCCAAACCAUUAUUGCUCUCCUCAACCUCCUCCUCGCAUUCUCACUCCCUCUCUCACUCCCACUCGCCCUCGUCGCUCUCCCAGCCAACCGUCUCCUCCACCCCCUCGCCCUCUUCCCUCGCCGCCCUCCACCCUCUCCUCUCCGGCCACUCGCACCCAGCCACGUCAGCAGCACUCGCGUGCCUGGGCGCAGAGCAGCGUGAGGAGACGGCUCGAGGGGGGGUGUGCUGGCAGGGGGGCGCGCGAGUGGGCAGCGAGGGCGGUGAGCGCGACGGGGAGGGUGAGCGUGAUGGGGGCGCGCGGGGGGACGAUCGGAUGGAAGGCGUGGCGAUGGGGGGGCGCGGGGAGGGGGAGGGCGCGGAGGAGUGUGGGAGAGCGGUGGCAGGGGCGGCAGGCUAUGGCAGCGUUUCUGCUGAGCGGGGUGAGGGGUCGAGGGGGGCGCGGUUGGAGUUGGCGCACGGCAUGGGCGCGGAGGGGCGAGGGGCGCGGCCAGAGCUGCGGAGAGUGCUGUUUGGGGAGCUGCAGCGGCUGCGGAAUGGAUGCGAUGAUGUCAGCAGUGAUGGUGGUGGUGGUGGCAUGGGGCCCGCCAGUUCGCUGGAGCAGGAAAUGGAGUUGCAUAAUGCGAUGGCAGGUAGGGGCGAGCACAAAGUGCGGGCGUGGGAGCAUGAAUGGUCCUCGUGUGACCCGAUGCACGGUGGGGGCGACGGGGCACGGGAGAUUGGAGGCGGGGCGAGGGGACGAGGCGAGUGGGACAGCGACGAGGAGGCAGCAGGGCGGUGGGGGGAUGCGGACGGGGUGUUGCAGCUGAGUGCAGAGGAGUACGAGGCGCUGCUGCUGGACAUGCAGAGAGCGCUCUAUGAGAAGGAGGAUGGGCACUUGGAGGCACCAGUGCCGUCAGGUAUGUGGUGGUGCGUGUUGACUUGGUGUGCUGCUGCUGGCCACGCAGAGAGCGUUCAGAUGGAUGCUAUCGCUGGAAUGGGAUGGGUGCAGGCCUCUCGUCUUUGCACGGGUGCUGCAUGUGUGUUUGUACGGCAUGACGGGUAUUGGCAAUCACCCAAGUCUCACUCCUUAUCUCGCCUCCCUCCUCUCCACUCUCUCACCCAUUUCUUCACCACUCUCACUCAUCUGCCCGCCACUCCCACCCAU